AGCCGGGCAGCUCAGCGUUGCAGCUAUGUGGCGGAUGCGGAUGCGAAUGCGGCUACUCACUGGCUACCUGGUCCUGCUGGCCCUCGGCCACCUGCCGCAGGAGCGCUACGGCGUUGUGGCCCAAAAGUACUACAUGAACUUCGCCUUCAACAACAACAAUCCGGACGCGAACGGCGGAUCGAACGAAAAGGACAGCACUAAUCGGCCCGGCGUUGGCGGUGGAGGCGGCGGCGGCGGAGAUGGUGGGGGAGAUGGCGGUGGCGUCACGGGGCACGAUGGUGGAACGACCGACGGUGGCGACAAUAACGGUGGGAACAAUGGCAACGGGGAGGGUAACAACAAUAACAAUGGUGGCGGAGGAGAUGGAGGAGCCGGAGGUGAUGGAGGCGGUGGUGACAAUGGUGGCGGCACCGACGAGCCAGGACGUGGACCCGGUGCGGUGGCUAAACAUAACCCUGGCGGACAUGACGACGACAACGACGACAGCGACAGCAAGGACGCCAAUGAUCGGCGCAAAAAGUUGCGGGAAGCUGAGGAGAAUGCCGCAAAAGGCCGGCGCACUGAUCACAGCCACCACAGCAGCUACGAGAUCAGCAUCGACGACAGCUUCGGCGGGCGGUACGUCCGCUCCAUCUACGAGAGCAGCGAGAGUCACGGCCACUCCGGCAGCCGGGCAGACUCGAAUCGGCAGGACAGUGCCGGUGGACGCGAGAGCAGUGAGGAGCAUGAUAAGGACAAGGACAAGGACCAUGACAAGGGUUCUGGAGCGGCAGGCACUGAAGCCCCCACCGGUGUCCCCAAUGGCAACGUGCCAGAUGCAUCGGCUGGAGAUGUAGCUGCCCGGGCCAAGGACGAUGAUUACGAGGAAAUGUAACACCAGAACACCCACCGAGUAAUUUGACCUGACCGAGGGACGACAUUUGGUAGAAGCAGCCUGCAGAGCCAACCUCAAAUUGAAUUUUUGAAUAAAAUGCCAAUAAAAUUUUUAAUAAAAA